AACUGUCUGUUUUCCCAUAUGACUCGCAGCGCAGCGUACAAUACGUCCGAUAGUGGGAAGUGAUAACGAUGGGCGAUAACGCUUGAAAUUGAAUUGCGCUGCUUGUAUCAAAUGACCGUCGUGAGAUGACUAUUUGUGAUUUCUUCUUCUGACCCAAGGAAGCGCAGACGAUGUGGAAACUGGACUCGUAUGAGCUCACGCACCCGGAAUCGCUAUCAGAGCAUCAGCUCCGCGAGAUUCUGAAGAACAGUUGCAUUGAGAUUCUUAAGUUUGAAAAAUUAUGUAAAAGUGAAUUGCUGGAAAUGUACAAACGAGUUGCAAUGCCUUUACCUCAGCGGCAACAUGGAAAUACAAAGAAUAUAGUAGAUAUGAUAUCAGAGAACUCCAUUACAGUUAUAAGUGAUAAUGAUACGUACAGUUUAGCUGCAGACUUUAAUAAAGGAAAUAAGAGGAUAUUUCAAACAUCUCAGACAGAUACAAAACCUCCUUUUAACGAUCAGAAGUCAGUCAGCAAGAAGAUUCGAUUAUGUUCAACGCCAAAAGAAAUUGGGUGCAAUGGAAUUUAUAAACGCAAUUAUGGAGAACAGAACGAGUUAACAAUCUUGGCUGUAGCAGUGCUUGCGAUAUGCAGAGGCGCGGUUAUACCAUCAGCUUUUCCGGCCAUUCCAGCUGUUCCAGCUGUUUCAACUGUACCAGCUGUACCAGCCAUUCCGGCUACCUUGGCCGCACAACCGGUUUUUCCAGUUGCUGCAGUUGAUGCCACAAAUUACGAUCCUCAUCCUCAAUACAGUUACGCCUACAAUGUUCAGGAUACAUUGACUGGUGAUGCGAAAAGUCAGCACGAGAGCAGAGAUGGUGACAUCGUCAGUGGCAGUUACAGUUUCAUCGAGGCUGAUGGUACCAGGCGAAUCGUUGAGUAUACGGCUGAUCCCGUGAAUGGAUUCAACGCUGUGGUCCGUCGGGAGCCCCUGGCAGUGGUGAAACCCGUCGUUGAGGUCGCCCCGCCUUCACUCGUUUAUCAGCCCUAAGAGAUGUGAUAAUGACUGUUCAUAACAAUCCACGGAAAGAACAAUUUUACUAAAGUGUCUACAAAUUUAGCUAGUAGAUAUAAA